AUGUCGUCUGGGUUUGUAUCUGCGGGCGUGGAAGGGGAGGACUACGAAGGCAGCAAGCCCAAUGACGAGUGGCUGAAGGUAAAACAGGAGCUCGAGGAGAGUCGCCAAAGGAGGGCUGUUGAAGGCCAGCAAGAAGGGGGGAAGAGUCUCUACGAGGUGUUGCAGCAGAAUAAGGCUGCCAAACAAGAGGCGUUCGAGGAAUCAAUACGGCUGAAGAACCAGUUUCGAACCCUGGAUGAAGACGAGGUUGAAUUCCUCGAUUCGAUACUCGAGUCCACACAUGCCAAGGAGGAGGCAUUGCAGAAGGAGACGAGUGAGAAGCUGGAACUGUUUCACCGGCAGCGUGAGGAGGCUGAGAAGGCUCUUCUGGAUGCGGAGACUGGGAACGCUGCUGAGCUCGUUGGGCCUGCAGAUGAAGGUGACAACUGGGCUAUCUCAGGACGUAAACGCCGACGGCCCAAAGAGAAGGAAGGUGGUCUGCUAGGUCUUAAACGACGGAGGUCCGCUACCGCUGCAGAGAACAAUAAUAAUAGCAGCACCCACAGCAAAGAUGGCAAGGAUAAAGCAAUGGAAGGAGCUGAAGCCACUCAACCUCCGCCUAUCAAGAAGCCAGAGCCGAGCAUCCCGACAGAAACAAAGGCGUCAACCCUGGGGCUGGGUGCGUACAGCUCUGACGAAGACGACUGA